UUAAAGAGGAAAGAGGCAAACAAGAUCGAGACGUCGGUUGACGACUCACCUGGCCAGUAGCAUGUAACUGUAUGAGUAGUAGUAGUAGUAGUUUCAGUGUACAGAAGAUUGUUGGCUUGACAUUCUGGGGCUGGAUAACUGAACGUGACUGAACACUGGAGACACUUCAACCCGGAGUUUCUGUGCUGUUGUGAACGAGUUGGAUUCGAAGGUGCAUAACUAGUAACUAGCAUCCACCUUAGCAUUGUUUUAAUGGCCGCCGCGCUGUGGAGCUAAGCCAGCUGCCUCAGCGAGUAGAGCACCGCCGUUUGUUCUCGGAUUGUGAGGCUUCGCCUGGACCAUUGCCAGUGUGCCUAAUCGUCGGUCGGAUUGGACGUUGUUAUUGACCACCUGUGGAUUUCCCCGCACUCAAGCUUCAUGUCUCAUGCCAGCAACGCGCGGGCCAGUGAAGGAGAGAGCUGCACAGGAAUGAGGCUAGAACAGGAAAUCCAGAUUGCUGCAUAGAGAAGGGGCAGAGGCAUGGCCCUGCGGACGUCUCCAUUUCCGAAUGGGUUUGCCGCUGGCAUCCAUGCUGUUGGAUGGGCAUUCAUCCUGCCUUGCUUUUGGUUUCUUGAUCGCCUCAUUGCUGUGUGCAAGUCCACCACCUUGGAGCAAACCCAGCGACUGGAGCAGGAAUGCUACCUCUACCCCCUCAAGGUCUUCUUCGGCUCCAUUAUCUUCUUCAUUCUUUUUCUCGCUACGGCCCCCUUGGCCUUCCUAGGCUUUCUGCUCUGGGCACCUCUUCAGGCCUGCCGCAGGCCCUUUCACUACCACAGAGAGACACCAUCCUCACUGGAGAAGGAGACACACAUGGGCUUUGAGCUGGUAGGAAAGGCAUCAUUUGGAUUUGCCACAGCCAACCUUUGUCUCUUGCCUGACAGCCUGGCUCGUUUCAACAACCUGGGACACACCCAGCACAGGGCGGCGGCCAUUGGUCAGCGCAUUGUGCAGGGUGUGUGCCGACCCCAUAUCCGCAUCUUUGUUGACUCCCCCAGCAGCUGUGGGACUCUCAGCCCCUCCAACAGCAUACUCCCCGCAGUUAACUCAUCUACAUAUGGGGCUACUGAUAGACAAGCACAGUCCCCAGUGGGUCACCAUUCAGACUUAGCUGAAGGACACGUUUCAGUCCCAAAGUCCAAUAGUAGCGUGGUUUGUGUGCCCUGUGAUGAUACAGAAGUGCCGUCGACUGAGUCACCAUCUCCCAUUUUUAAUUCCAAUCAGAACUCCAACCAGCAGGGCCGAACAGGCCGCAGGAGUGCUCCUCGAGCUUUGCUCUCCCAAGGUCUCAACCAGCAGGACAAUGUACCCUGGGAAGUGUCUGCGCUGUUUCCAGCCAAUGUGGAUAUACUGUGCCUAGAAGAGGUGUUUGAUAAGAGGGCAGCACAGAAGCUCAUCAAAGUACUAAGACCCGUGUUUGGACACAUACUGUAUGACAUUGGUGGUUAUGCUUGCCAGCUACCAUGCAGCUGUUCUUCUUUCAAGUUCUUCAACAGUGGCUUGUUCCUCGCCAGCCGUUUUCCUGUGCUCGAGGCCCAGUACCACUGCUUUCCCAACAGCCGGGGGGAAGAUGCGCUGGCUGCCAAGGGCCUCCUUUCAGCUAAGUUGCUAAUCGGGCAGAAUCAGAAACAGAAGAAAGUGGUCGGCUAUUUUAACUGCACACAUCUUCACGCACCAGAGGGCGAAGGGGAAAUUCGCUGUGAGCAGUUAAACAUGGUAACCAAGUGGAUUGGCGAUUUUCAAGCGGCUAACAGACAGCCCGACGAGGACGUUGUUUUUGAUGUGCUCUGUGGCGAUUUCAACUUUGACAACUGCUCACCUGAUGACACCCUGGAACAGAAUCACUGUUUGUUUGAGGAAUACAGAGAUCCUUGCAGGGCAGGGCCUGGAAAAGAGAAGCCCUGGGUCAUUGGUACUCUCCUGGAGCAGCCCACGCUGUAUGAAGAUGACAUAAACACUCCAGAAAAUCUACAAAGAACUUUGGAGAGAGAGGACCUGAGGAAGCAGUAUGUUUCCCCUCCUGUUCCUGCAGAGGACUCUCCAUUGGUUUACCCUGAGACGGGCCAGCCAUGGGUUGGACGUCGGAUCGACUACAUCCUGUACCGUGAAAGCUCCAUAUCAAAGCACUGCCGAACAGAAAUUGAAGAGAUGACUUUUAUAACCCAUCUGGCUGGCCUUACGGACCACAUUCCUGUGGGCUUGAGACUGAAUGUAAUUAUGAACUCUGACUGUGUGGAUGAAUAAGGACUAAAGUGAACUAAGUGUCACCUUCAAACAAAGGGAACAAAAUAUACAAAUGUACAUUGCUCUGAUGUAUAUGUUUACAUUAGGGUUGUCAAAAUAAUGGGUUCAUUUUAAUUAAUUAAUUAUAGAAAAAAUGACUAUGAAUGCAGAUUAACUGUGCCCCAUGAUGCCCCGUGACCUAAUACGUAUGUCACUGAACAUACAACCAUCCACAGUUUUGUAAACACAAUAGAAGGAGAUGACAAAAUGCUGCUUGGCCCAGUGAAUGGAAAAUUUCCAUAAAAAAAAAAAAAAAGCCCAGAUGUGUUGCUGUUGCUUGGAGCACCAUUCUGUGCAAUUUCUUCAGUAUAGUAAGUAAGUAAUUUUCAUACCAUUCAAUUAUUUCGAGCCUGAAAUGUCAUCUCACCUUAGCACCAACCCCGAGGUCAGACCUAGCACAGCCCCUGAUGCAACCGUGAGCAACCAGUCUCUUCAAGCCACACUGGAGCAGGCGUUCAGAGGCAGACAGAGUUAAGUCUGCCCAUCACAGAUUGUUCAUGUGAUUAAUUUCGGUUAAUUAAUCACAAAGCUUGUAAUUAAUUAGAUCAUAUUAUUAUUUUUUAUUCCUUGACAGCCCUAGUUUACAUACUUGAAUUUGUGAUUUUAAUGACAAUGUAUUGACCAAUGAGAUUGUACCUCAGGAAAUCAUGGAUUUAUUGAAAUUUUAUGCUGUUUACAAUUUUAUACAUUUUGGUGGGUUCAGGGCAGAGGUAUUGAUUUUGUAAACCAAUAUAUUUGUAGGACUUUUCAUUCAUGAUUUUUUUUCUUACAUAAAUAAAUAUACAGAGUGCA